GUAUUUAGAAAUACACAUUUAAAUAGCAAGCUUGACUAGUUGUGGAAUUUUCAGUGCGGAUUAUGUUGUUCGUAACAUAGUGUUUAUAAGCGUCGUCCAGUUCCUCUUCUCCGACACACUCCAAUGUAUCCAACCGGAAGCCACGCACCCCCGGAGAAAGGGGGUCAUUACCCUCCGCCUCAGGGUGGAUACGGAGGAUAUCCACCUCCCUCUGGCGGCGCUUAUCCCCCACCAGCUGGCGGCGCUCCUGGUUAUCCCGGUGGAUAUGGCCCCCCUCCAGGUGGAUAUGGUCCCCCUCCCGGUGGAUAUGGAGGCCCUCCUUCUGGUGGAUAUGGUGGUCCCCCUCCAGGCGGUUAUGGAGGUCAUCCAGGUGGAUAUGGGCCUCCACCAGGAACGGGACCAGUUGGUCCUCCCCCAGGCGGCUACGCUCCCCCUCCGAUGGGGAACAUGGGACACAUGGGACCCAUAUAUAACCCGCCAAUGCCAUUCGUGGGUCGUGUUCCUGGCGGGGUUGUUCCAGGGAGAUCAAUUAUCAUCAAAGGCAUGGUGACCGCAGAUGACAGGUUUUCGGUGAACCUUAAAUGUGGGGAUGAAUACGGCCUCCAUUUUAAUCCUCGUCCGAGUCAAGGAUGUGUAGUACUGAACCAUAGCCAACAUGGAUGGGGACCAGAAGAGAGGCAUAACGGAAGCAUGUUUCAACCCGGCCAACAUUUUGAACUCUGUAUACAUGUGGAGCCAAACCAGUACCUGAUAUUUAUCAACCAGCAACCUAACCCUAACAUUACCUUCGCUGCAAGACUGUACCCAAUUGAAAAGUACGACGAGUUACACGUGGAUGGUUCGGUUCAGAUCAAUGAAAUUAAAUUUGCAUAAUUCUGUUCUAAAGAAUAAAGGAUUCAGAUUUUGUUAUCCACUUUGACAUUUUAAAAUAACCAUUUUCUUCUUCAUUUCACGAGUGAUGUGCCUAUGUAUCGUUAUUAGAGUGUGAUGAUUUUUUACUUUGUAUAUCAUAGGAUUUGCAAAAUAUCUGGACAUAUUUUUAUCUUAAUUUAUUCAUAAAAUAAAGAUUAUAUUGUACAUGUA